UGGCGCUGGCUGCUCCGUGGUUUCCUGCCGAAAUCACAUGGCUCCCGCGUUUCCAUGGAGAGAGCCGGGGUGGGCGCUGCCAAGAGCCUGCACGAACUCCCCGCUUGCUCCCCGUCCAUGGGAGUGGAACAAAGGGGAUGCACCGAGCCAGGACCGCUCUCGCCCCGCGCAUCGCCCCCCGCCUCUCCUGGGACAUGGAGGCCCUCCAGGUCACACUCAACGAUGUCACUGUCUGUGCGCCCGCAGCGCCGUGUCCUCGUCACCAAGAUCAAUAGGAGCCAGUCUUUCGCUGGAGUGAACUCAACAGCUGACCGACCCUUCAGGAACCUCUCGCCCUUCACCCCUACUGUGUCCCGCAAGACUGGCUCCAGGGUCAGUAGGAUGUUCUCCAUGUCCCACAAAUCCCCCCCACCCAAGGUGCCUCAGCCCAACCGCCUGGACGAGGUGUACGAAGCUCUCAAGAAGGGCCUGACAGCCUACCUGGAGGUGCACCAGCUGGAACUGGAGAAGCUCAGCACACAGAUCCGUGAGUCCAAGAGGAAUUCACGCCUGGGCUUUCUCUAUGAUCUGGAUAAGAAGUUGUUGCUGGUGAGUGCUGAGCCUGGAUUAGCUCUGAAGGUGGGAGAAGAGCACCCUGGAGGCUGGCUUGUCUCCUGGGUGACCCUCCAGAGUAGAGAAGGCUGGAGGAUGCUGCAGCACAUGGGUGCAAGCACAGCCUCUGCUCACGGCCACUGCCACCCUGCACUUCCCAGGCAGGGAAGGAGGCCAGGACCUGUCCCAGCUCCAGCACGCAACAGGGCCCAUUCUGACUUGCAGCUCCUCUAUGGAGGGGUUGUACUGCUCACACCAUCUCCUCUGCUUUUCCAGCAAGUGAAGUCAAUUGAGCGCUUCCUGCGUCGCCUGGAGUUUCACGCUAGCAAGAUAGAUGAGCUCUAUGAGGCUUACUGCAUCCAGCGGCGGCUCCGUGAUGGAGCCCACAACAUGGUCAAGGCUUACAGCACUGGCUCACCGGGCAGCCGGGAGGCACGCGAGAGCCUGGCCGAGGCCAGUAAGGGCUACAAGGAGUACACGGAGAACAUGUGUCUGUUGGAGAAUGAGCUGGAGAGCCAGCUGGGCGAGUUCCAUGUCCGGAUGAAAGGACUUGCAGGCUUUGCCCGGCUUUGUGCUGGUGACCAGUAUGAGAUCUUCAUGAAGUACGGACGGCAGAGGUGGAAGCUGCGUGGCCGCAUUGAGGUGAACAGCAAGCAGGUGUGGGACAGCGAGGAAAUGGUUUUCUUGCCCCUUGUCACCGAGUUCCUCUCCAUCAAGGUGACAGAGCUGAAGAGCCUGGCCAACCAUGUUGUGGUGGGCAAUGUGUCCUGUGAGACCAAGGACCUCUUUGCAGCUCUACCCCAGGUAGUGGCUGUGGAUAUCAAUGACUUGGGCACCCUCAAACUCAGCCUGGAGGUGACCUGGAACCCCUUCGACAAGGAUGACCAGCCUUCAGCAGCCAGCACUGUCAACAAGGCCUCCACAGUGAACAAGAGGUUCUCCACCUACAACCAGAGCCCGCCUGACACGCCAUCCCUGCGGGAACAGGCUUUCUAUCCCGAGAGCCCUGGGCGGGCAGCCGACAAGCAUGGCUGGUCCUUGCUGGACAUCUUUCAGGAGACACUCUUCGAGAAGCUGUCUCAGAGCUGCUCCUGCGGCGAUGUCUCCUCAGGCGAGCUCGGGAGAUGGCCGCAGCAGGGCCGCAACAUGCUGCGGCGCCAGGAGGAGCUGGAGAACGGCACGGCCUGGUCCAUCUCCUCUGAGUCCUCCGACGACUCCUCCAGCCCGCAGCUGCCCGGCAGUGCCCGCCACGCCGUGCACAAGCCCAUAGUGCAGCCAGAGCUGCAGGCCUCGGCACCCGCCAUCGAGAUCUCCUUCUCCCAGCAGCCACAGGAGGCUGAGCCUGGCACUGGGGCCAGCAUCGCCACUGCUGAGAGCCAGCCAGAGGAGCCGGGCAGCCGCAAGAAGGAAGCGGUGGCCAAUGGGCAUGUGCCCUACUCCCGGACUCUGAGCCACAUCAGUGAGGCCAGCGGGGAUGCCACAAUGGAGGCCAAGGCUGCAGAGAGCCCCUGGGAGCUUGGGCCCAGCCCGCAGGAUAUGGGGACUGCUGAGCAGGAUGUGGACCCUGUCCCCAGCGCCUCAGCGGCAGCAGUGCCACCAGCACGUGACAGGGGUGCUGAGGCCAAGCCUUGUGCCUCUGCGGCAUGGGCCACCCCCAGUGAGCCCAAGCCAGUGCCGAGCCAGGUGCCAGCACGGGGUGCCUGCAGCACUGGUGUCCCCAUGGCACCAGCACAAGCGUCCACGGAUGAGAGCCCGGUGACAACCACACCACUGCCCGCCAGUGUCCCUGAGGUGCCCCGGGGGAAGGUGGUGGAUUCGGGUCUGGAAGAGGCCAUCAGCCUCCUGGGCUCGGCCCUGGAUGACUAUCGGGGGCAGUUCCCAGAGCUGCAUCCCCUUGAACGGGAGCUCAAGCACCUGGAGGAGAUGUUGCUGCAGAAGCAAGGAGUCUUCCUCAGCCGGGCCUCCAGCAUCAGCCUGACAGUGGAGCAUGCACUGGAGAGCUUCAGCUUCCUCAACACCUCGGACAUGGAGGAUUCCGAGGGCUCUGAGGAGGAGCCUCUCCGAGAUGAGAGGAGGGCUGGCAGACCGCAGCGAGGCACCAGGGCCCCCAGCGCUGGUGAGACCGGUGCAGAUGACACCAGCAUGUGCAGUGGCUCUGAGGUCAGCACCGAUCCCCUGAGCACCGGCAAUGAGUUCCUGGAUAAGGCCCUGGUGCUUCACCUCAACAACUGCAACCGCCUGCUGCUGAAGCUGGGCACCUUCGGUCCCCUGCGGUGCCAGGAGAUGUACGCCCUGGACAGGCUGCUGCGGGAGGCGCAGGUUCUGGAGAUGGUGUGCCAGCUCACGGAGGAGCGAGCGGGAGCAGCGGCCUCUGCCGCUGAAGUGGUGCAGUUCUCGACGCGGAAGGAGGGCGUGCUGCCCCUCUGGGACCGCUGCGUGGAGGCCCCCAACGUCUACUCCUGCCCUGUGGAGCGGUUCCUGCAGGUGCUCAGCACACAGUACGCAGCGCCCAUCAAUGAGCUGCACCCUGGCCUGGCUGACGCUGUGUGUGUGAAACUGGUGGAGGAUGUGCUGAAUCGGCGGCUGCCCCGGCGGCCCAGCAGUGCCCAGGGUGAGCAGAUCACCAUCUUCCAGUACUGGAGCCACUUUGAGUCGCUUGGCACCCUGGUGCUCGACACCUACAUGAUGGAGCUGGCAGAGGAAGCAAUGCUGGCACAGAACCUCAACUCAGACGACCAGGACGUGGUGCUGCGUGCCCUGAAGCGCAUGCCUGAGGGCCGCCUCAAGAAGGAGGGGCUGAAGGCGUUGAGCCUGCUGAUUGUGGAGGGCAACAGCAAGGUGGUGAGCGCCGUGUCUGCCCAGCUGCGCAGCCUGGCAGAGAACCCCCACUUCCGACAACGGGCCCUUGUGUGCUACCUGGAGCAGCUGGAGGAUGAGGAGAUGCAGACACGUGUGGCAGGGUGUGCAGCGCUGGGCUGCCUGAAGGCCAAGGAAAGCAUCGAGCAGCUGGUUUACUUGUGCCAAACCGACAAGGAGCCUGUGCGGGAGGCAGCCAAGCAGAGCCUGAUGCUGUGUGGGGAAGAUGGCAAAUCAGCUCAUCGGCGGCUGGAGGAGACCCUGGACAGCCUCCCGCGGAUCUUUGCCCCAGCCAGCAUGGCCAGCACAGCUUUCUGAGACACCAUGCAACCCCUCUGCCAUCCCUUGAGGGCCAAGGCGCUGCUGGGCACCAGCCUGGCACAGGCUGUGGCUGCCUGGCCCGUGCUGCUCCUGGCAGCGCACCAUAGCAUCACCCACAUGGCAGCUCGCUGCAGCCGCACACUAAUGGAGCACCCAUGGCAGGGGAGUACUUGCUGCACAACCCACCCUCUGAUUGCUAUUUAUACCACACCACGCACCCACCCAUCCUGCCCCUUCUUGUUGGCUUUUGGAGCAGCAUGGAGACUACCAGAUUUCUGGAGCUGCACUUUGGGGACACCAUGCUGUUUGUUUUUCCUGGGCCAUGGGGAUACUGCCCUUUGCCACCCGGAGUCCUCAGACUUCAAUAAAAUAUGAGAUAUUAAUAUAUUCUGCUGGUGUUUCUUCUUUCCAGCUCCACAUGCUCCUGUCCCUCCCCGGCUGUGGCUGUAGGGAAUGUUAGUGAGAUGGCGCCCCAGCCCAGAGCCUUUCCUGUUCUGCUGGGAAGCGCUGUGGAGGGCAGGGGCAGGAGGAGCAGGAGAAGGACAGCCAGACCCACAGAAGCUGCGACCUUUUGUUUUCGUUUAUUUUUUAUUUACAGAUUUUUGCAGAAAAAAAGCAAAAAAUUCUUUUCUAUAAUGUCUCUAUAAAUCUAUAUAUAAUGUAAUUACAGAGAGCAACUAAUUUUGAUUUAAACCAGAAAUAAACCAAACCUUUAAUGAGUGA